AUGGAACCGGAGAUGGACGCCCUCAAGGUUCCGAUCCUACCUGAGCACCAAUCAUCAUCUCCGACGCCGUGGUCGUCGAGACUCACGAAACGGAUUAUCAUACCAACCGCCAUUUCGGGGGCUCUAGCGUUAGGGAUAUUUUCCUUCUUUUUGAAUUUUAAUCCAGUUCCAGUUCCAUUAUCCGGAAGUUUGUACAGCGUCGUUAUCGAUGCUGGGAGUUUCGGGUCCCGAGUUCACGUGUUCAAGUACUCCAUUGAUCAGUCCGGGGCACCCGUUUUCAGUUUUGCACCUGACAACUACAAGGUGUCUAGGUUUCGAGAUGGUUUGUCGACGUAUGCUAAUAAUCUGGAAGGAGCGAAGGCAAAAGUGGAGGAACUUGUGGACUUCGCCAAGGAAAUUGUUCCCAAGGGUAUGUGGAGCAGGACUGACAUAAGGUUAAUGGCGACAGCUGGGAUGAGAGCCAUUGCAGAAACUGAUCAGGAAAGUAUUCUUAAUACUGCCAAACAAGUUUUUAGAUCUCCUCCUGGGUUUUAUUUUCGUGACGAGUGGGCUUAUAUUAUCAGUGGAUCUGAUGAAGGUUUAUAUGCUUGGAUAAUUGCCAAUCACGCACUCGGUUUGCUUGGAAAUACUGGGACAACGGGGAUUGUUGAACUCGGCGGGGCUUCUGCGCAGGUGACCUUUGAGUUAAGUAAUCAGCAAGUGAAUUCUCUGGACUCGCAUACAAAAACCUGUAACAGUUUUCCG